AUGUUGGAUAUUAUUCGUUGGUGAAAACUCGCGGGCAACAGAGGUGGGAGCAUAACGAAGAUAAAUUUGAAACGUAAUUAGCAAUCUGACCGGCACGCGGUCACCAUUUGAUAACAAUCUCGCUCCAAAGCGGGAUGAACCAAUAGAGAUAAUUCAAUCUAAAUCAGCAGCCUAACUUCAGCUGUCCGUACUCAGACCUCAGUGUAGGCUAGUCGGUCGCUGAUAGUUAUCAACGUGGUUCUCCACCUAGUUCUUUCACAAAUGUUAUACACAUGUAAUCUAAUGUUAUAACCGAAAGGAUUGAGGGAACUUGCGUAGCCAGCUAUCAAACACAUUCAUUUGUGCUCGACGUACUGACGAAAGAACCAAAAUUAAAAAUAGAACGUGAAUAAAAUAACGAUAACAUUGCUAUUCUUACAUCGUCUCAACUGACGCCGAAGAGCCAUUCAUUAGUCGGUGAUAAAGAGCGUAAAUAACCAGUGAAAUUUUGACAGUGAAGUACACAGUGGAUAAUAUCUUAAAUAUAUUGUCUCUGUUUCGGUAAAGUAUUCAAAUUCGGAGUCGAGAUCGAUGAACGACAUCAGUGGAGAGGACGUCUUCCGUUGUUUGCAUCAACAAGAGAUUACAGCCAUCGCAUUGAUGGCGAAGGACGAAAGUUGAAAUUGCUGUCACGAUUAGUCAAAAAUAAUUAUUGGUAUCCGAACACCAGACCUUGAAAAGCAGUUUAUGAUAAAAUCGGGAGAAUUUGGAUUACUUAUACAUGAUCGAAAGUCAACGAUUCCACUGUUGAGCUCUGCUAAUGCGAGCGUUAAAACAUCCGACAUCCUGUUAAACUACACAUUCAAAGCUAGUUAAGGCCAUUGAAAUAAAUUAAGUCUAUUAAGCUAUUAAAAAAUAAAAUUAUGGCAACUUAUUCUUUGUGAAAAGGGUUAUUGGCCGAAACAAAAGAAUAACAAUAAUUCAAGGAACAACAUAUUGUUAGAGGAGAUCAACGACAUCAGACAAGUGUAUAGAGAAAAAAAUAUACCUACGCAGGAGAUUUAAGAACGAAAACAAGCUGACAAAAAAAGGGAGGCGAUCAAAGCAACGAUGGAGGGAAACCUGGCAACUAUGUGCGAGGAGAAUUGUACCAACGUGGGGAUUCUGUAUGAUCUAGUGUCGGACGAAAUCUGGGCACCAUGGAAUGCAGCCCUAAACUAUUUCGAAUACCAGCCAUGGUUCUUCUCCCUUCUUGGAAGUCUCAUGGUCGGACUUUCCGGUGUUUUUCCACUACUCAUCAUCCCGAUUGACCAGGGUGUCAACUUGAAACAUGGAGAGAGUGCCGGUACGCUCAAUGUGCUACUGAGUUUUGCGGUCGGAGGACUUCUAGGUGACGUAUUUUUGCACCUUCUGCCAGAAGCGUGGGCCAACAAAGCACUGAAUCAAGGGUCAGAAGAUGGUCACCCAUCGAUGGCGUGUGGUCUUUGGGUCUUGGCGGGAUUCCUGGUAUUCAUUAUCGCAGAAAAAAUGUUCUGCGGUCUGGUACAGAACGACGAAGAAGAAAAAGAUGAAAUGGAAGACACGAGCGACAAGUCAACGGAAAAUCGCGACACGCGAUCGAUACUGGAAGAGAAGAAUCAGAUGAAAAUCAAUACGGUACAGCAAGAGUUAAUGUUGAACAAUAAUUUUCAAAAAGAAUUGGAAAACAAUAAUUGCUUAAUGCCAAACGGUAACGUGAAGAAUGGCUGCGUGAGGAAUGCUCAUAUCGUGAACGGUACACUGAAGAACAUAACGCAGUUGACUGAUGGUUGUUGCGAAAUGUCAAUUAACUGCAGAAACGGUUUCAAGAUCAGAGAAUCUAACGGUUUCAUAAAAAACCAGACGCCGAGUUACGGCAACGACUUGAACGUGAAAUCAGCAGUAGUAGCAAAACGAGAGUUGAACGGCGGUGCCAAAGUUGCCCUGCAACACCAGCCGAAUGAAAAGAAAGAGAAAGCUAAACAGAUUUCUGGAUACCUUAAUCUAUUGGCUAAUUCUAUCGACAAUUUUACACACGGUUUGGCCGUCGGUGGCGCAUUUUUGGUAUCAUUCAGACUCGGGGCUUUGACAACCCUAGCGAUUCUCGUACAUGAAAUUCCUCACGAAGUUGGAGAUUUUGCUAUUCUUUUGAGAAGCGGAUUCAAUAGGUGGGACGCCGCGAAGGCGCAGCUGCUUACAGCUGGAGGGGGAUUGCUUGGUGCUCUAGUUGCUGUGCUAUGCUCAGGGGGAGGUGUUGAGGCAAGAACAAGUUGGAUUUUACCGUUCACGGCGGGGGGCUUUCUUCACAUCGGAUUGGUAACAGUUUUACCUGAACUUCUCCAGGAAACAAACCCCAAGGAAUCGUUAAAACAAUUAGGAGCUCUCCUACUUGGUAUUACGUUAAUGGCGUUUCUGACCACGAUAUGCGAUUGAAUUUUCAAUCACGAAUUUCCAAUGAUUAAUUAGCGAAAACAAAGGAUCAAACUGAUUUCCUGCAUGGGCGUAUCGCGCGGUGCGCUGACAGAUGUAUGAUAGGAUUUUUAAAAGAAAAAAAAGUGAAUAACAAUAUUGACUGAGCGGACUUAGAUAGUCCGUCGUAAUUGGACUUAGAAUUAACGGUUUGUUUUUUUUAUUACAUUUUUUUUUCCAUUAACGGCAUUCUGACGAAUAUGUUAUUGAACUGGAAUUCGUUGACGAUUGAUUGCCGACGACAAAACUAUAUGAAGGAACACGUGAGAAAUGUAUUUUUGGGAUAGCAUUUGAACCUGCAAAACAGAUGAUAAAGUGAUGAAGUUGAAUAUUAGUUUGUUAUUCUUACUCCGUUAUAAAUGUAAUGAAAAAAAAAAAAAAAGGAAAGACUUGUACUGUUUAAUUGUUUGUGUGGAACUCUACACUCUCUCCCCUCCAAUUUCUGUAGACAUAUUUGUGCUCAAUGAAACAAAGUGUAAGAAAUUUCUCUUCUUCUAAUAUUGUGAGUUUAUAUUGUAACCAGUAUUUGCCAUAAAUGAAUACCUAUACCUAUGUAAUAGUGCAAGUAUAACAGAAAACAUGAGAACAUUGUAAUACGUAAAUCGUAAGAGUUUAAGCGCAUAGGAUAUUGUAUUGUAUAAAAUAUAUUAAGUUCCUGAAGUUAGAAUCGGCGUGAAAGAGUUUGAGGUAUCUUUGUAUGAACCCUAAAUGAAAUGAUUUUGGAUCAAAUUUCAUUCAGUUUCGUCUAAGGGAAAUACUGUAUGUGAUAUUAACUGAGUAAUAGUUUGAGAGUUGGGAAAAAGAAAACCAAAGUCAUUCAAUCCUUAAUUCAAUUCAAGAUAAUUUGAUAAUAUAUGAUGGAUUGUACUUAAAAGAGAAAAUAACCAGCAACAACAAAAAAUUGAAAUUCUGUAAUUUCUUUUCCUUCGACGGUAUAAUUACGAGUGCCUUUUUCCCCGAUAUGUAAAUACGGUUCGAUUUUCUAAGAAUAUUUUGUAACAAGCAUACAUAAUUAUGAUUAUAAUUAUAACCUGUUCAGAGAUAUACGAUCGUCAGGAUUUGUAAAUAAAAUAUAAUUGUAUCUCGGUAAAAAAAA